AUGGUAAAUCACUAUUUUAGAAUUCUGCUCCAUCNUGAAAACAGAACUAUUCAUUUUGUAGUCAAUGCAAAACUUGGAUGCAAAGUUAAGAUUUCACUUAAGAAUACAUUAUAAGUAUCAACAAGAUUAGAAAUAACAACAAAUGAAUUCUUUGGUGAUAAAUUCUUGCAAUAUGCAAAAGCUUAAUUAGGUGGAGAUCCUUAUAAUUACUUUAUCAUUGGAACUAAGAAAUCAACUAGAAGAUUCUUGGAUGAAACUAUUGUAUAAUAAAUUACUGUAGAUUGGGGAAUAGUUGAUAGUGCUGAUAUUGGAACAGAUGACUCUGUUAAUUCAUAGUCGGUUCUAUCAGAAUUAGCAAGUAGAUUAGAAUCUUUUAAUCCUCCUCCUGAAAUUGGUACAGUUUUAGAAUAAUCAACUACUAUCACUGCUAUAAGCAAAUUAAAUUUCCCAAGUACUGAAGCUACAUCAGGUAUUUUAUUAAUUAUUAUUUUAUUAGUUACUCCUACAUCUCCAAGUGAUGGUACCAACACAAACAAUGGUAGCAAUAAUAAUAAUGGAAAUAGUGGCAAUAAUAAUGGUAAUAAUGGUAACUCUGGAUAGACAGGUGGAAAUAAUAAUAAUAAUAAUAAUAAUUAAUCUGAUGAUUCAGAAAUUAUAUUGACUACUGAUGAAGGUGUUAAUUAAUAAGAAGUUAGUGAUAAUACCAAUAAUAGUACAGCACCAGGAUCUAUUUAAAAAUCUAUCAAAAAGAGUGAAUCUUCAUCAUCCACUGUGGUCAUAGUUGUUUCAGUGAUAUGUUCUGUAAUAGGUGUUUCAAUCCUUAUCUCAGGAUUGUUAUAUUAUAAGAAGGUUAAAUUAGCUAAACUAAUGGCUGCUAGAGCUCAAAAGGUGGAUAAUGAAUUCUUCAAAGUAAACAUCACUGAAUAAUAACUACAACACUAAUAACAUAAUGAGUGA